AUGAUUACGUGUAAUUAUAUUAGUAAAAUACUAGUUAUAUUGUUAAUUAGUGGGGCAAUUAAUUGUUUUGUUGAUCCGACAUUAGAACAUACAACUAAUCGGGAUCAUUACAUAGAUCCGCACUCUAUUUAUUACAACAAAUAUACCCAACAAUUGGAUGUAAAAAAAGAAUUACAAGUAAUUAAUAGAGCAGCAAAUAAAUGCGAAUGUCAUGUCAACAGUUUAGUUAAAAAAAAUGACGUACCAGAUGAAUUAUUUUCACGUAAACUUGUUAAUUUAUUACUUGCUGCUUCUUCCUUUGAGGAAAACGGUAAUUUAUUAACAUCUAGUAUAACAAUUGUAUUAACUCCCAAAGAGCUGAGAAAAUUGAAAGACUUCAGCCUCGGGAAGUUAACAAUACGUGAAAUAGAUCCGAUAAUCUCUAACAUCUUCAAGGAACCUGAGAUAAGUUAUGCAAAAAAUAUCUUCACGUCGAUAAAAGAUUUAUUAUUUAACGUGAUUAUUUACAAAGAAGUAACGCUGGUAACAGUAGUAAUUUUGUAUAUAUCUUGGAUAAUAUUAACAACAGAAUGGAAUUUGUUGAAGCUGAUUUUAAUACUUAUACUUUCGAUAUUUGGAGCCAGUUUUGUUAUAACUUGGCUGCAACUUUUAAGAGAAGCAGAAAUAACAUUAACUGUAAAACAAGUUCAGUAUCAAAAAUUACCAAUUCAAUGUAACCCAAGUAAAAUGACUUGGUGGGAUAAAUUAUGGACGGCAUUCAGUUCUGGUGAAGAUUGCAGAAAAUAUUACGAAGGAAUGAUGGAAAAUCCAUUCCUGCAAGUAACUCCAGCGCAAGCAUUGUCGCACAUGAUUGCUACCUGUAUAAUGACACCAGCCAGUAUGAUUGGCAACGCUCUUAGUGAUUUUGUAAAUAAUUCUACCAAACAUCUGUGGUGGCCAGUCCAGCUGAUAGUAGCUCCAUUGUUAAUAAUAGGAAUAAUAAUAAUAUUCAUCAUGAUACUAAUUUUCUUAGCAGGUGGUACUCUGUCCUGGGGGUUCGGUCCAUUUUCUAUUUUCUCUAUCCGCGGAGCCACGGAUUCAAGGAGAGAUGGGAAUUUACCUAGUACGGAUAGACAACCUAUACAACCUAUUUAUAACUUCAACUUGCACGGAGGACAUAUUCACGAGAUCGCUAUUAAAAACACCGACGAAAACUCUACGUCUGUUGACGUAAAGUCUACUCCAGCACCCGGUACGUCGAUGAGUUGCAUCCAAGGUCCAGUGAAGAUAAAUGUGAUAAAUUCUUCGAAUUCAUCGCUGGAAAACAGCGAAGAAAGUGGAAAAACUUUAGAUAAAGUUGAAGAGAUUUCUGAAAAGGAAAUUAAAGAUAAUAAUGAUAGUAAUGGAGAUGAUAAUAAUAAGAAUGACGAGUGUAUUUGUAAAAAAAAGUCAAACCCAGUCUCUGAAUCCGGCGAUAGUUGA